AUGAUCAGAAAAUCCCCACCACCAUCGCCAACCACUGCUCAAGCUCUCGACAGCGCCGCACCUGAGCCCGAGCCCGACCUCGCCAUCCGCAUCGCGCACGCGAGCCCCCCCAACGACCAGCACCCUCGCCCGCCGUUGAACCGCUCUCCGCCCGCCUUCACCGAAAGCGAUGAAACGCCACCGCUGAGCCCUUGCCCAAGCCCGCCGGCAUCCACCGACGCUCCCACCGCAGACUCUGCGAGCGCCAGCGCCAGCGCUGUCCAUGACGCCGUAGCCGCCGGCGAGAGUGCUGCCGUUCCUCCUCCAGGGUCGGCGAGGACCGCGAGACCGUCGCCAGCCCCGGUUGCCGCGGAGCUGGAUCGCCUGAAGCAGGCCGUCCAUGCAAAAAUGGUCCUGAGUCAGCAGCGCGCUAAAUUGAGCAGCAUGGGUGGUGCACCUCCCAGUCCAAAGUUCAUGGGCGCCCGCAGGGUCUCUCCGAUCAAGGAAGAAUCCGAUACCAUAUCCCCCUCCCUCGAUGCUGCAUUCAGCAGCCCCAUGCCGACCGGCUCCCUCACCACCUCGACAGAGUCGACCGAAUCCUCCAAAACCGUCCGUGGCAGUGUCCCCGCUACCCCCGCCCAGAUGCCCUUGCGCACGCCUUCGUAUCCUUUCCCGUAUGUCCCUGGCACUCCGCGAACAUGGUCGUCCUCGUUCCAUCAGCCCUUCACCGCACUGUCCCCGACCGUUGGCGCAAUGGACAUGAGGGAAACCGGGACCCCACGGGACAGGCAGUUGUCGAGUGUGAGCACGCCGUUGGUAUCUGCUGCUUCUUUCAUGCCCCCGGGUGCCACGAUGCAAACCGCAGAGGAUCCGCAAUAUCCAACGCCGAACCUGUAUGAUUUGACACUGCUUUUGUCGUCGGAGCCUGGGUUGGACGCGUGGUGGAAAGUGGUCACGAACAUCAUGAGGGAUUGGUAUGGAGCAGAAAGGGUUACACUUGCCGUGCCUGCCGACCCAACAGAUAUCGAAAACGUUCCGUGGGGCCAAAAAGCUUCGUUCAAUUCAGUGGGAACUGUCAACCUAACCUCAUCUUUCAAGGCGACAGAACAUCCGCAGAGUAACGACGCUAGGGCUGAAGAGAGCAAGGGGAAAGAGGGCAAGACUGAAAACGUGGAUAUUUUCCAACAGCAGCAGCAGCAGCAGCAGCAGCAGCAGCAGCAGCAGCAGCAGCAAGAAACCCCUUCACGCAGAAUGCGCCCGAAGCUGGAAUCGAGGCAUUCGUUUGCUGGACAUGAGCGAACAAAAAAGGACAUGGCAGGCGAGCAAAGAACGUCUGGGCUCCCACUGAGGCCACGAGGCCCUAUGAGAACUGCGAGCCAUACCCCUCACCAAGCGGGCCAAAGUCACCCGAUGCCCCCGCAACGGGAUGUCCAAUUCUCCGAUCCCCCCUCCAUCUUCAUCCAGCAGCGUCUGAAAGAAUCCACAUUCAGUGACCCCGACUUCUCCAGUGUGGGCGAAGAAGUCCACAAAGGACCGUAUUGCCAAGUCUUUCCAGUUCUCCGGGCGCUGGACCACGAACCACAAGCCCUCAUCGAUAACUCUGGAAUCAACCGGGUAUUAGAGAGAGGGAAACUGGUCACGCUUACUCGGGAUUACUCAAGCAUCGAUAGCUCAAGGAGAGACUCAGGCGCCCAUUCGUCCAAGGACUCGCACGGCUCUCCAGAGACGCCAUCCGCAAACAGGCCACAAGCAACCCCCAAGGCAACUGACAUCCGCAGCCGAGCAGGCAAUGCAUCGCACUUCGCUGGCGAAGACUUUUACCGUUUCAAGCUCACGACACAGUACGAAGAAUACGAACAAUACCCUAGUUCACCAUGGGCACAAUCGCCUGCUCCAUCGCCUGCAAUCCAGGCCAAUCCAAACGAGAAUCCCUUUUUUGCAUCUGCGAAUGUGGACGAGGAAUCCUUCAAUCCGCGAGGCUCGGGGUCUGGCCCAGACUAUUCGGCACCCGUGGAAGCAAUUGGCAUUGACAGAGCCAGCACAGUCACGCACCUUCCUUUGAUCCAUCCCCUUUUGUCACAGGUGAUGCAACCCUUCGAAACAGACACUCCCGCCGAGACGCCGGCCGAAUCUCGUUUCUCGACCGUCUCCUCCGAACCUGCAGCCCCGAGGAAAGCACCAAUAGCCAUUGUGUCGAUGCUUUCUCCCAUGGUCCCGUAUCCGCAAAACCUGACGCAAUCACUAAAGCUCAUUGCGCCGCAUCUGGCAACAACUUUCUCCAAUGGUCUGCAUUACUCAUCGGCACACCGUACAGCGGUCGGUACACGCCACCAUCGUUACGGUUCAGGACAGAGCGCUACCUUUGGAGCGACCCCAGGUGACGCGGAAAGCCUUGACGAUCUGAUACACCUGGAUAUUGAUAUUACUGAUUCGGCAACGGGAAGCAUAACGAGCCCAUCAGAGUACUCGGUACGGUCGAAAAACAGUCCGGUGGGAUCAAUCGCUGGAACUCCCGGAUGGGAUCCUUCCGUCAUGGGGUUUUCAAGCAGCAAGCACUCUGUCGGCAAUACGCCAGGCCAUGUUCUUGGAAGUGAGGCCGUGGACAGCUAUUUCGACGCAAAGAAGAAAAUGGGUCCGAGCAGGGGAGAGGCGACUCUCAAGCCUGGCGGCGGCACGCCCCCUCCUGUGGAACAACGGAAUCCCAGCGGGCGCAAGGUCGUUUCAAUCAUGCCAAUGGAGGAGGAAGAUGUGACGCCGAGGCUGGAUCAGGCUCCGACGAGCCAGCCUCAGAGCAAGGAUGCAAAACAACCGUCCCCCGAGGCCAAGCUAUCUGGCAGCCCUACACGUUCUACACACCCCCGAAGACUAAGUCUCCACUUGAAACAGGAUCAAAUGGGCCGUAAUGACCAGCGCCACCACCACAGCCUCCUUCACUCUUAUGGCGCAGACUUUAGCUCAUCCUUCCAGUCGCUGCCUGCGGCCACGACGCCUGUGAAAACUCCCGCUCCUCAGUUCGGUCAUGGCCGGUCUCCCUCGAUAUCAGAACGGCAAGACAUGCCGCCUCCAUCGGAGCGCCUGCUUAGAACCAUUAUAGAUUCUUUACCAGUGCAGGUGUUCACUGCAGCCCCUUCGACUGGCGCUUUAACUUGGGUCAACACCAAAUUUUUGGUUUAUCGUGGGCAGGACUGUCGCCAGAUCUUGCAAGAACCUUGGGAAGGUAUCCACCCAGACGAUCGACCUGAGUACAUGAGCAUGUGGGGUAGGUGCUUGAAGACGGGCCAACAAUUUCAGCAGAAGGUGCGUGUACGUCGCUUCGAUGGCCAUUACCGCUGGUUCUAUGUCCGCGCAGCACCCCUCAAGGAUAAACGACAGAACAUUGUUCAUUGGAUUGGGACAAACAUGGAUGUGCACGAUCAACACCUUGCAGAAAUAAACGCAUCCAGACAACAAGAGACCGCUGCAUCGGAAGCCAAAUACCGUGCCUUGGCGAACUCAAGCCCACAGAUCGUGUUCGCUGUCAACAAGAAGAAGGGUAUCACUUUCUGCAACAGUCAAUGGCUGUCCUACUCGGGACAAACAGAAGAGGAUGCAUUGGGUCUCGGUUUCAUGGACUACGUUCAUCCGGAGGAUCUUGUCAAGUGCCGGUUGCCUGCGUUCGACAAGGAUGGCGAGAUGCCGAAGAACGUCCCGCUGUCCAUGCCUUCGGAGCUGAGGCGGUCGACUUCGGCAUCCAACGAGUCAUCCACCUCAGAUGAUGCCAGCACCAACAGAACAGUGACAAGUCCUGGUGGUUCGACCCCGUCAACAAUACACAUGCCCCAGACCAGACUCUCAAAGCUCGCAGAUACUGGAAUCCUAAAGGUCACCAGAGACUCCGAUGGACGACCGUCGUAUUCGACCGAAGUCCGCCUGAGAUCCAAAGAUGGCACGUACCACUGGCAUCUGGUGAGAAUCCUCCUUGCGGAGCCGGUCCUUCAGGGCGAGGAAGAAGAAGAAACGUGGUACGGAACGUGUACAGACAUCAACGAUCACAAGCUUCUUGAACAAACUCUGAAGGAAACCAUGGAUGCGAAGUCUCGUUUCUUGAGCAACAUGUCGCACGAGAUCAGGACGCCGCUCAACGGCAUCACUGGUAUGGUAAAUUUCCUCAUCGACAGCAACCUCACUUCAGAACAGAUGGAACACGUCAACAUCAUCCGCAACAGUACAGAAGGCCUUAGAGAUCUCAUCAAUGACAUCCUCGAUCUCUCCAAGGUUGAGGCCGGCAUGAUCACCCUUGCAAUGGACUGGAUGCAUGUCAGAUCGCUCAUUGAGGAAGUCAAUGAUCUAACUUCUGCGAUGGCAAUAAACAAGGGCCUGGAGCUGAAUUACAUUGUAGAAGAGGACGUUCCUUCGACGGUCAAAGGAGACAGAUUCCGCAUCCGCCAAGUAUUGCUCAAUGUUGUUGGAAACGCUAUCAAGUUCACGCAGCGCGGAGAGGUCUUCGUUCGCUGCAGAAUUGCGGAGAAUCAGGACAAUUCCAUUCCAGGCAAAGAAUCCCUCGUCCAAUUUGAUGUCAUUGACACCGGCUCCGGGUUUACGGAGAAGGAAGCAGAGUUCUUGUUUAAACGGUUCAGUCAGAUCGACGGCAGCAGCACUCGACAACAUGGUGGCACUGGUCUCGGUCUGGCGAUAUCGAUGCAGUUGGUGGAACUCCACGGUGGAAAGAUGAAGGCAAGCAGUGUUCCUGGCAAGGGCUCCACGUUUACUUUCACAAUCAAAUUCACCCUUCCUUCGGAGGUUGAGCAGCCCCCGCCUGAAGCUCACAAUCCAAUUGCCACGACGAUUCCACCGCCCGAGAGCGCUACCAUGCUCUCGCCGUCGCCUGCGGGGGCGUUGAAGUCCCCAGCGCGUCUCUCCGAAUCACCGAAACCGUCAUCCGCUUCCUCAUCGGCAAGUUCUGAUCCCUCGGUCAGGACAGGAAGAACAAGUGUGCCAUCAACGAGGUCAUCAACUUCAUCGUUCAGCUCCACUGCAAACGCUGCGAACAUGAAACUGAGCUUGCCCAAGGACAAUUCAAAUAAGAGGGAGGACUCGGCAAAUUCAAGUACAUCAAGCGAUACCGCACGGGCACCGAGCGCUUCAGGGUCGCCCCCACGGACAUCCCCGCCUCUUGCUGGGCAACCACCCUUGUAUUCUAUACUGGUGGUCUGCCCCUUGGCAAUGAGUCGCGACGCAACAGUCAAACACAUCGAGAUGACAGUACCGAAGGCGAUUCCGGCUCAAAUCACUGCCAGGGAAUCGAUUGAAGAAUGCCGAAGAAUGAUUUCUGGGGAAGAUCCCGUCAUCUUCACCCAUAUUGUGCUGGUCCUUCAUGAAUCAAAAGACGUCAUUGAGUUCAUUGAUCAAGUGUUCCAUUCGCAGGCGCAUUCCGGCACUUCGGUCAUCAUCAUCUCGGACUUGGUGCAAAAGCGCGAAGUCAUGGCCGAAGCGUCGGCACAUGACUACGACAAGUUGACUGACGACCGUCGACUGCGCUUCAUAUUCAAGCCUCUCAAACCAUCCAAGUUUGCGGUCAUCUUUGAUCCGCGGAAGGAAAGGGAGAUCAGCACGGACCGGAACGAGAAUAGUGCGCAGCAAGUGGCUGUCAACCAGAAGAUGGUAUUCGAUGACAUGAAGCGACGACUCGGCAACAAGGGGCACCGGGUGCUCCUUGUGGAAGACAACAAGAUCAACCAGACGGUGCUCCUCAAGCUGCUCAGCAAGACGUCAAUCAACGUCGAAACGGUGCUUGACGGCGUCGAAUGUACGGACAAGGUUUUCGCGAAUGACCAUGGAUAUUACUCCAUCAUCUUGUGCGAUCUUCACAUGCCGAACAAGGAUGGUUAUCAGACCUGCAAGGAGAUCCGGCAGUGGGAGAAGAAGAACAGUCAUCCGCACCUGCCGAUCAUCGCACUGUCGGCGAACGUUCUGGGGGACGUUUAUUCUAAGUGCGUGGAAGCCGGAUUCAACUCGUACGUGACGAAGCCGGUGGAUUUCAAGGAGCUCAGCGCGGUGAUGACCCGAUUUCUGGAUCCGCUGGAUCGAUCCAAACCUCACGAAUUCAUGCCGGCGCGCAAAGAGUGA